AAGACCGACAACGACUCAAUUUUCAACCCUCCCAUGGAAAAUCCCUCAUCGCGCCGAUACUUUGAAUUCUACUCUUUCUCUCUUUCUCUCUCUCUCUCACACACAAAAACACACUGAGUUGGACUCACCAAAACCUUAGUUGAGUUAUCGCAAUCAUAACCAUUUAGAUAUCGACCCAAUUUUCAAACACAUAAUCAUCCCCUCAUUCCGCCACCAUCACCACCACUUCCUUUCCUUUCUUCUUCUUCCCACAGAGCUUCCUCCUCCGACGAAUUUCAUAACAGAUGGGUAUUCUACACGAAGACGUUGUGAUAAUCAAGCAAACGGAGAAGGAAGAUGAAGCUACUGUGAUCACAAUUAAUUGUCCAGACAAGACUGGUCUCGGUUGUGAUCUUUGCCGCAUCAUCCUCUUCUUUGGUUUGAGCAUCGUUCGUGGAGAUGUAUCAACCGACGGAAAAUGGUGUUACAUAGUGUUUUGGGUGGUCGGAAAACCAAGCACACGGUGGAGUUUAUUGAAGAAGAGACUACUUGAAGCUUGCCCCUCUUGUUCUUCAGCGAACACUCUCAUAUACUAUCCACCCGAAUUGCUUCCACCAAAGCCUCCAGAUGUCUUCCUCCUCAAGUUUUGCUGCCAUGAUCGUCAAGGACUCUUACAUGAUGUGACACACGCUCUUUCUGAGCUUGAAUUGAUCAUUCAAAGAGUCAAAGUAUCCACCACUCCAGAUGGAAUGGUGAUGGACUUGUUCUUCAUCACUGAUACCAGGGGAGUUUUACAUACGUCAAAGAGGAAACAAGAUACGUAUGAUCAUAUAAAAGGUGUGGUAGGGGACAAGAUGGUGAGCUGUGAUAUAGAAAUGGUGGGACCCGAAAUCACUGCGUGUUCUCAGGGCCCACCAUUUCUUAUUCCCCCUUCAAUUACAGAAGAUACCUUCAGCUUGGAGAUGCUUGAUCAGUGCCAACGUGGCUCCCAACAUUCCAACAGUGUUUCAGUAAACAUUGAUAACUCUCUUAGCCCUGCGCAUACGCUAAUCCAAAUUGUUUGUCGUGAUCACAAAGGUCUUCUCUAUGAUAUAAUGAGAACUUUGAAAGAUUACAACAUCCAGAUUUCAUAUGGGCGAUUUACAACAAAAGGGAACAAAGAUUGUGAGAUUGAUUUAUUUAUAGUACAAUCUGAUGGAAAGAAAAUAAUAGACCCAAGCAAACAAAAUGCAUUAUGUUCACGUAUUCGAAUGGAAUUAUUUCGGCCUCUUAGGGUGGCUUUGGUCAACCGUGGUCCUGAUACCGAGCUUCUUGUUGCAAACCCCGUGGAGUUAUGUGGGAAAGGGCGACCCCUUGUAUUUUACGAUAUUACCCUUGCUCUCAAGAUGCUCAAUAUCGACAUUUUCUCGGCUGAAAUUAGUAGGCACAUGAUCGGGGGUAGGGAAUGGGAAGUUUACCGUGUUUUGCUCGAUGAAGAGGAGGGAUCCUGUGUGCCAAGGACCAGGAUUGAGGAAGCUGUUUGGAGUAUGUUGAUGGGUUGGGAAUGAUGAUGAUGAUGAUGAUGAUGUUGAUGAUGGUACAACUCUUUGAACUUGCAAGAGGUGCAUAAGUAGGAUGUAGUUUUUGUCAUGACUUUUUCGGUAAGUUGACGAAAAGCGAAUAGCUACAAGUAGGAGGGGUAAAAAUGACAUUUCACGGGUGUAUAGUAUAUGAAUCAUGAUGUAGUUUCAAAAAGGAGAUGCCAUAAGGGGUCUUGCAAUGCUCACAUAAUAGCUUUUGUAUAUAUAUUAAGUUACAAGAGAUAACGAAUAUGUUGAAGAUGUGAAGCUACUUUGGAUCAUGCAUGAGUUACAACAAGAUAAUGCAUGAAGGUGGCACAUGAUAAUGGAGAAAGGGGUUUGUAGAUAAUAAAUAUGGAAUAUGUAUUUUUAUGUUGAUGUUUGUUGAAAAGAUGCUUUUAUCAACUUGUUAUGUAUGUUCUCACA